CCUGGAGUUCGGAGCGGAAACGAUUUGUUUCUCACUUCAUUCUCGACUUUUACCAGCGGACGUGUUUGAAGACUCUCUUCCGAACCGUCGCGAACGUGUUGCCUGUGAUGUUGGAGCUUUUAUUUUGAAGGGAGGUAAACAUGAGACCGGACAUCACCGUUUUUACGAUCCUCGCGGUUCUCACGGUUUUAACCGAAGCGGUUCGAUCCGCAGACACCGAGCAGCAGGAAGAAGCGUCGCUUCGCUCGAUGCUGGAGGACUUCGACGUGCUGCGUCUGUCCAGCCUCCAGACGCACGCCGUCCGCCGCCGAGACGUCAGCGCCCAGAGUCACGUGGAGAAGACGCUGAGCUUCUACGCCCUGAAGAGGAGGUUCAGACUCUACCUGAGGACCAACCAGCAGCUGUUCACCAGCGACUUCCGAGCGGCGGUGGUGGACGAGCACGGAGAGAGAAGUCUCCAGAUCAACAGACACAACUUCUUCACCGGACACGUCAUCGGAGAAGAACAUUCUCGGGUUCAGGCUCACAUCGACGACCACGAGUUCUCCGCUCACAUCCUGACUGAUGAAGCAGAAUUCAACAUCGAGCCGCUGUGGAGGUUCACGUCAGCGCCCCCUGAUGGUCGCCUGCUGAUCUACCGCUCGGAGGACAUCAGGAACCUGAGCCGCCUGCAGCAUCCGUCGGUCUGCGGCUACGUGACCUCCGACCCCAGCCACCUCCGCCCUGACAGCGUGAGAACAGCCGAGUCGACGGAGCGGCGGGAAAACGAGCCGGUGUCCCGAGGGAGACGUCAGGUGGUCGACCACACGAGGAACACGUGUCCUCUGCUGCUGGUCGCUGACCAUCGCUUCUUCAAACACAUGGGCCGAGAGGAGGAGAGCACCACACUCAACUACCUGAUCGAGCUGAUCGAUCGAGUGGACGACAUCUACAGAAACACGUCGUGGGACGAAGAGUUCGUCGGUUACGGAGUUCAGAUCCAGCAGAUCAUCAUCAACAAGAUCCCGAGCAGCGUGGAACCAGGACAGAGUCACUUCAACAUGAGAGGAAGUCCCGAGGCGGGCAGAGACGUGUGGGACGUCAAGAAGCUGCUGGAGCAGUUCAGUGUGGACAUCGCAGAGAACGCCUCCAGCGUGUGCCUGGCGCACCUCUUCACCUACCAGGACUUCGAUGAAGGGACGCUGGGACUCGCCUACGUGGCGCCGGCCAAACCCGACGUGCCCGGAGGCCUCUGCUCCAAAGCGUGUCCUUCAUCGGCGAACCAGCAGAACGCCAUUUACCUGAACACGGGUCUGACCAGCACCAUGAACUACGGGAAGACCAUCCUGACCAAGGAAGCCGACCUGGUGACCACGCACGAGCUCGGACACAACUUCGGAGCAGAGCACGACCCCGACAACAUCCCGCACUGCGCCCCCCGGGAGGACGGGGGGGGGAAGUUCGUCAUGUACCCCAUCGCCGUGAGCGGCGACCACGCCAACAACAAGGUGUUCUCGGACUGCAGCCGGCGCUCCGUGGUGAAGCGGCUGCGAGCGAAGGCGCUGGCGUGCUUCAGGGAGAGGAACACCAACGUGUGUGGGAACUCCCGGGUGGAGCAGGGGGAGGAGUGUGACCCCGGACUCCUGAACGUCGACUCGGACCGCUGCUGCACCGACGACUGCCGCCUCCGAGCCGGAGCCCGCUGCAGUGACAGGAACAGUGCGUGCUGCCGAGGCUGCGGGUUCGAGUCCGAAGGCGGAGUCUGUCAGGAGCCCAUCGACGCCACCUGCAAGGGACACUCCUACUGCACGGGAAACAGCAGCGAGUGUCCGGCGCCAGAAGACGCUCCGGAUCAAACCGUGUGUCUGGACGGCGGCGAGUGUCUGAGCGGCGAGUGCGUCCCGUUCUGUGAGGCCGUGCUGCAGCUGCAGCCCUGCGCCUGCAACGAAACCAACUCGUCGUGUAAAGUCUGCUGUCGCAGCGGCGGUGGCGCCUGCACCCCCCACCAGGACCACACGGGUCACUUCCUGUUCCUGCGUAAAGGGAAACCCUGCACCGUGGGCUUCUGUGACGGAGCGGGGAAGUGCAUGAAGCAGGUGCAGGACGUGGUCGAGCGCCUGUGGGACUUCAUCGAGACGCUGGACAUCAGCACGCUGGGCCGCUUCCUGGCCGAUAACGUGGUGGGCUCGGUCGUGGCGUUCUCGCUGCUCCUCUGGGUCCCGGUCAGCAUCCUGGUUCACUGCGUGGACAGGAAGCUGGACCAGCAGUACGAGCGAAGCACCAAGACCAUGUUCUUCUCCAGCAAUGCCGAGCUCCUGAGCAGCCUGGAGUCCGCAUCUGUUCGGAUCUUCAAACCUCCGACCUUCCCCGGCGCCCCCCCACUCCGCUUCCAGCCGUGCAGCCCCCAGCAGACCAGCACCCCCCCGGGCUCCGACGCAGCCCUCCCUCCUCUGGACGGCCCCCGCAUGGCGACCAUCCAGGAGGAUGCCGGCCGCGACCCCCCCCCGGCGGAGGCGUUCGGGCGCUCGGCUCGGCGCUCGUUCGAGGACCUGACGGAGAAGAGCGUCCUGCUCCGCCUGCAGAGACGACAUCAGAUCGACUCCAAGGAGACGCAGUGCUGAGCGUCCUGUCCCUCGUCCUGUCCCUCGUCUCCACGACGACCAGGCGUCUCUCGGCUGGAACGCCUCCGAGUCGUCUCCAUCACAGCGUGAACCUGGAUGUGUCUCAGAGACGUGACUCAGCGUGAGCCUCUCAGGACGAACUGUAAGAACUCUGCAGCGCCACCAUCUGGUCAGUUUUCACUUGUCUUGGUGACCACAUCCUCACGGAAGCGUUUCCUGCUCAAGCUGCUCGUGGUCGCCGUCGGCAACAAGUCGCACAAAUCGUCUCCGAUGUUUCGUCUUUGCACUGAAACACUGAACCGCUUCAAACCGGUUUCAGUUUCUAGUGAAGCAAAGAAAUCUGCUUCGUUUUUUUUGCUUUAUGUUACAUAAAAAUAUUCAAUUUAUAUUUUGAACUAAAUCUCAGGUUUCGUUUCAGCUCACGUCCGAAAGUUCCUGUAAAAAGGAAACUGAUCCAAAAAAUGCCAAAUAUCAAACCUUCAGGUAUUAAAAGUCAAAACGAGUUGUUUCUUAGCAACCAAAGAUUCUUCAGCUGCUCGACCUCGUCUCAGCGUCAACGUUCAUUUUAAAACGUUGGACGAGUGAAUGUGUUUGUUUCUGAUUCAUCGACGUCAAAAACGUAUUCAGGAGUUGAACUGAUGAAAACCAUCAGUUUUAGCUCUGAAAGGUCAAAGUGCGUCGGGAACUGCUGACUCAUCAGGAAGGGUCAGCACAGAGGUCAAAGUUUGUAUUGAAAGAAUCAUCACAUUCUUAAAUAUUGAGUUUUACUCAUGAACUUUUAUCUUUCUUACGUCUGGUGUUAAAUUAUCUCUGUGGGAGUUGAACCCAGAGUUAGUGCCUUGCUCCUCCCACUCUGCGACACAAGGCUCUGUGGAGAUAUAUAUAUAUUUAUUUAUAUAU